AAUAAAGUUGUCAUCUUCAAACUGCAUUAUUAUUAUUAUUUGCCUAUGGAACACAUUUAGCCCUUCAAUACAAUUAUUUUUUCAGUAUGGAUAGAGUUUCUGCAACCAUUAAAAAUGAUAGUCAUGAGCUACCACACCCUUGAAUUAUUGGACAGAUUUUAUGACCUAGAGGUACAUAGCUAUUAAUGUAUAUCAUUAUAUAACAUCUUUACUAAAUUAAUAGGUGUUAAAGAGUAAAUAAAAAUCUCAUACAAACAAAAACAUCACGUUAAUCAGCACAGCAAAAACAAAUACACGGGAUCAUAUACAGACGCUGGAAUCGCCUCAGCCAACAACAGCAGGUACACAGCAAUAAUAAACAUUAACUAAGCGGCACGUGCCGCUUCCAGAUUACCGUUCAUUGAUGUAUUUGGAGGAUCUUAAUGCACCAAGCAUCAGGAUUGGUCAGUCCAGUUCCGCAAAUCGGAGGGAUUAAAACAGAAAAAUCAGUCACUGAAGAACGGAUCAAAGUCUCCGAUGUCCUGUGAAUUCUUCCUUCAAGACGAAGUCAGUCGUAAACGUCCGAAAUGGUCGUACAAAAUGCAAAACGUCUCUUAGCCACACGUUAACUGGAGCCACGUGAAUCACUUUCGGUUAUGCACAUCCCUUCCCUUGUGACGUUAAGUUGAUCUUUCCAGCCAGAUGAUGGAGAGUGAAAAAAGUAGUUAUAAAGACACUGCUCACAAUGGUCAGAACAGUAAGCCAAUGGAAGGAGUUUUCCACAGCCAUUUAGAGGAGAGAGUUCGUCCUUAUAUUGAUCUGAUUGACUCUUUGAGGUUGAUUGGUAUUGAAAAAGAUUUGGCUUUGCCAACUAUUGCUGUAAUUGGAGAUCAGAGUUCUGGUAAAAGCUCUGUGUUGGAAGCACUAUCUGGGGUGGCAUUGCCCAGAGGGAGUGGUAUUGUGACAAGAUGUCCACUGGAGCUGAAGCUGAGGAAGAUAAAAUGUGGUGUUCAAUGGCGAGCCGUAAUUUAUUACAAAGAUGAGUGUGCUGCCUUCACUGACCCAUCAGAGGUUGAGGGUUUCGUUAAGAAAGCCCAGAAUGAUCUGGCUGGAGACGGAGUUGGAAUUUGUGAUGAUCUCAUCACUUUGGAGAUCAUGGCUCCUGAUGUAUGUGACCUCACACUGAUCGAUCUCCCUGGGAUUGCGCGAGUUCCUGUAAAAGGUCAACCUGAAGACAUUGGACAUCAAAUCAAAAAACUUAUUCUGAACUAUAUAGAGAAGGAUCAAACAAUAAAUUUGGUCGUAGUCCCAUGUAAUGUUGACAUAGCAACAACAGAAGCUCUAAAAAUGGCACAGGAAGUGGAUCCUGAAGGAAAAAGGACUCUUGCGAUUCUUACAAAGCCAGACCUUAUAGACAAGGGAACAGAAAAGAACAUCAUGGAUAUUGUCAGAAAUCAGGUCAUUCCUUUAAGCAAAGGCUAUGUCAUUGUUAAGUGUCGUAGCCAAAAGCAAAUUGAUGAUAAGAUCUCUCUGACUGAGGCCACUCGAGUAGAAAGGGAAUUCUUCAGACGUCAUGAAUACUUCAGUUGCCUGUUGAGUGAGGAGAAAGCAACGAUUCAGUGUCUUGCUACCAAACUGACUCAAGACCUGGUUGAUCACAUCAAAAAAUCAUUACCACUGAUCUCUGAAGAGAUCAAGAAGCAGCUGUGGUGGUUGAGAAAAGAGCUUAGUCAGUGUGAAGCUGGACCACCACUGGAUCCACAGAAGAGGAAGACCUUCUUUAUUGAUACCUUGAUGAAAUUUAGUGAUAAGAUCAAUCGCUUGGCAUCUGGGGAAGUGAUCAACAAUGAUAACUUGUUUGUGAAGCUUCGGUCUGAAUUCAGAAAGUGGAAAGAGCAUCUUGACAACACAAAGCCAUCAUUUCACAAAACGGUCCAGGAAGUGGUGAAUGAAUAUGACCUGAAACACAGAGGACGAGAGUUGCCCGGCUUCAGUGACUACAAGGUGUUUGAGAUUGUGGUGCAGAACCUUGUGAUCCAGCUAACAGAACCAGCGAUUGACACACUCAGGGUCAUCAGAGACACCAUUCAGCAACAGUUUUCAGAUGUGUCCAAAACCUGCUUUCUCCACUACCCUUACCUCCACUCUGUUGCAGUGAACAAGAUAGACAACAUUCAGUCAAAGCAGGAAUCCAAGGUGAAGAAGAGGAUCACGGAGCAGUUUGAGAUGGAGCAACUGGUCUACACUCAAGAUGGCAUCUACUUCAAAACCUUGAAUGAGAUUCAUUGUACUGAGGAACAGACAGCUUCAGAAGAAAACUUUGCUGGAUUUGAUAGCAGAAGCAAAUAUCCUGAAAUGCUGCAGGCUUAUUACGAGAUCGUGGUGCAGCGCUUGGCUGAUCAGGUACCCAUGUUGAUCAGAUACUUCAUGCUGAAGGAAUCUGCUCAGUUGCUGCGCACCGAGAUGUUGGGUUUAAUUGAUGGUGCCAACGUGUCCGAUGUCUUGCGUGAAGAGUCGAAUAUCAGCAGACACCGCAUUGAGCUGCAGAACCGUUUGGAACGUCUUAACAUUGCUCAAGGGAAACUCAGCAACUUUAUUUGAAGCUACAGGGCUGCUGUAGAUCAGAGUUUUGCAUCUUUUUUGAAGGUUAGCACCUGAUUAACCUUUCAAUUAAUAAAUAUGAUUUUAAAUACUACAGAUCUGUUGGCUUGUAGACCCACUGACUGUCACCACUGAUUUUAAAGGAAUCCAAAUAUUAUAGCUGUUCUGAUAAUAACCAUAAAGAACUCGAAAUGUAUUUAUGUAUAAUAUAAAAUUAAACUUAGACAACAACUGCAACAUGGCAAUUCUAAUUCUAAAUAUUGAAUCAGUACAGAAGAACAAUCAUAGAAAACAAAUGAUAAGAAAGACAUGAUCAAUCAAUAUUUGCUGUCUAAAUUUUUUAUUGUCAAGUCAAGAAGCUUUUAUUGUCAUUUCAAGCAUAUAUAGCUGUUACAGUACACAGUGAAAUGAGACAACGUUUCUCCAGGAUCAUGGUGCUACAUAAAACAAAAACAGGGCUAUAA